AUGGAUGCCUUGAUCAAAACUCGCUUGCAGGUUUUAAUCAGCGAUUUUUCUGACAACUGCGGCUAUAAAUUCGACGUCUUUAUAGUUUGCGACGCAUUCGAAGGCAAGAAACUUAUAGAGCGACACAGACUUGUGCACGAAGCAUUGAAGAAUGAAAUGAGUGAAAUUCAUGCACUAACCCUUAAAACAUUGACCACAAAGCAGUAUCAAGAACAUAAACUAUUAGAUUCAUAA